GUAAACUCAGCGUGCUGCCCAAGACAUGCUCAUUUUGCACCAGCACCAGCAUCACUCCCUGCGAAACUCUUCAUAACGCCAGUCAGCGGCAGCGCAAAAUAGCGCCAGCCUUCUGCAGGCGAAUAUGUCAAACCCUCAUUCUCCUACCUCAAAGUCCCUCGUUGUUUCUCCAAAUCGUCGCACCCAUCGAAAACGAACUUCUGCGUUGAGGUUAUCAUCAGAUACAACAUCGACUCUCCCAGAGUACAUUCCUACAGGUGGCUGGUCGCAGACAACAAAGACCACGACGACGACGACGAAAACGAAGGGAACAGGGAGGCCGGAGGUUGAAGCUGGAAGUGAAUCGCAAUUUGGCGUACAUCAAGGAUUAGAUCCUCCUUUGGAUUUACCACCUGAUUAUUCAGAUAGCGCAGAGGAAGCAGACGAGGACACGGACGUUGAAGUGGAUAAUACCUUCGAAGGUGGUCUCUACAAUCGCCAUCGUGAGCACCGGCAACAGCAAGAAUACGAAUACGUUCCCCAAUUCACUGUCUACGGUGGUCCUCAUCAUCACAGCUAUCCAAGAGCUUCUUCCCGAACGAAAUCGCCAAGAAAGUCCCGAAGGCAUCCCUCUCACAAUCAAAUGAAGUCUGUCGGUAGUACGUCGUCACUGAAAUCACCAUCCUUUCCUCCAUCAACUCAGUCUGCUCGCACAAGUCCGCCUGUGAGCCCAUCAGCGUCCGAUGUUUUUCUGGAUUCUUUGCUUGAGCGCAGUGUUAACGCCCUGGAGAUGUCUAAUGCGCUCCUUCAGUCCUCCAUGAACACAAGGUCAACGUUAUCCAACCUCAUUUCUGCAGGUACUGGUCCAGAUUCAGAUUUCCCCCCUCGAUCUGAAACUUUAGGAGUCCCGGAACGCGGAUCUCGUAGCUUCAAUGGUGGUGUCUCUGAUCAACAAUUCGCGGACCUUGAAUCGCGAAUCAACACAUGGAAAAAUGUCCGAGAGACGUGGGCUGAUGAUUUAGAUGAAAUCAAGACGGGCGUAGAGCGGCUCUUUGGAGGAGGAGAGCGAGGCGCGUCUGUGGACGAUACUGAAGUUGAGGUCGGGCGGGACUCACAAAGUAACAGAAGAAGACGAGACCGGUCGGAUGGCAGCAUCAGCAGCAGCAUGCCCGCGGAGUCUCCGUUAAAGCAAAGAAUAUAUUCAUCUCGUCGCUAUCCCAAUGAGCGUUCUAUCUCUUCCGCUUCCAUCGAUGCACGGCCCAAAAACUAUCAGCAGCUCGGCGAAGACGACAACGGUUCAACGCCACAAUUGCGAUUUGGACAACAACAACGAGAGAGACUUGUUGCUCAGCCGCCGCGUGCUCUCACACAGUACGUUGCUGCGAAUUCAGAUACAGACACUUUAGUCCUGCCCUCAACACUUGGCCUAAGAUCAACGUCAUCUUCUCAUCGAGUGAUGACGGAUCGGACAGACAUUCAAGUUGCGGCGAAAGGAGGGGCGUAUAGUAUGCUCUCGUCUUUGGCCUCCAGGUCAGCCGGUCCCAUAGCAUCCGCGACUUCAACACCUUCUUCCACCCUAACCUCACCGAAGAAAGGGAGUGGAUCUUCCAGCAUUGGCAGCAACUCUCAUCUAGAGCAGCACGUGCCUUACAAGAGAAGGAAUUCCACUUCCCCGACACGAAGCCGUUCUUGGGUGGGAAUCAUGGGCCGCUCACGAUCAGAGACACCCAAACCUGCGGUGGGAAAAUGCUCUAUGAGUAACGGACCUGGCGCUUGUCGACGUAUGACUCCUCCGAUAGAGAGCCUUUCCUCACCCUCUCAAUCGUCUUCGUCGUCGUCGGAAGAGAACGACGGAGAGACGAGUGUAGGUGAUCAGCGACGAAGACGGGGUCCCUCAGCCAAACGAACGGUUCAGGAACUACGGAGAAUUCUUGAUGAACAGCCUUCCCCGCAACCUGAUGCUAAAUUUGAGAUCAUUCUGAGACCCCCCGCUCUCUUGCGGAAGGUUGGUGGGACCGGGACGACAGCUGAAGUUGGGACUUCCAACGCGACAGCAAGCGUGUCGAGAUUGUUGACCAAGAACAAGCACUCGAGCUCGACGAGACCACCUAGCCCACCCAGGCAGUCAGCCCUGAAAGGAAGAUCUGUACCUGGCACACCCACCACUCCAGCAACUCCAGGACCACCUCCGACAAGUUCGGCUGUUGAAGCGGCUGUACAAGCCGCUCACGCGACAGCGAAGCCGGUCUCAGACUCACCGGCGGGCUCUGGCUCUGCGUUCCGAAUGCCUCAGGUAUUCUCUUCGUUUGCUAGAACUACCUUCCCAAGGAACGGGAAAGGCAAGGCGAAUCAAGAGGACCUCCUCUCUACACCAACGCUAUCACCCUCUGGAUCCGGUGCAUCGACCCCCAAACGGAUAAGUUUUGCUGAGCUACCAGAGUCAUACAGUGGAGGUAAUGGGAAGAGAAGGUCAUCAAGGAAGUCUAAUAGUAGGCAUGGAAGGAAAAGGAGUUUAUCGGACUCGGACGAGGUAGAGAAUGACGGGUGGUUCGGGUGGUUGAUUGGAGGAAGUGUUUCGACGUCGAGACACGACCGAAUGGAAGACCGACUUGAUAGGUCGUGGGGUAAUGGAUCAGGCAGACUGAUAGGUGGCGGUGUUUACUCGUCUGGAAUGGAUGACUGGGCUGUUUGAUCUACCCGUUCUUCCCGUCAACAAAAAUUAUCGGUUUAUUGGAACAUCAAUCACGACACCGUCACGCCUAUUCUCUUUCACUUGGACUAUUAUCGGAUAGGUUGAUAACAACCUCUCUUUUUCAAUCUUUUAAAAAAAUUCCCUCCUUUAUAAACAGUUAACCAACUCUCCUUUCCUCGCUCGUACUUGCUGAUAGGCAUGUAGUACUCACCUAAUCUUUGAUUCUGCC